CUUUUGUGUGUCGUACAUUACGCUGGGACUCCGAAUAAACAAACAAAGCAAACAAAAAAAAAAAAUAUCUGUGUGCCCUUUUUCGUCUUUAAAAAUUACACGCGUCAUGAAUCGCUCAUUAACACGCUCGUCAUUUCUAGCCAUACCAUUCACAUCCUAUUUUACAAAAAGUGCACCGGGUGAGGCAACAAGAGUCAUGUCUACCAUGACUCCUAAUGAACCAGGAAGUUUAGGAAGUAUUGUUGUCAAUGUUGCGGAGAAGUUGGGCAUAGGAGAGCUGGCUACGGGCGGUCUUCAAUUAGCUGUAAUUGGUGGUGCGGUUGCGGGAUUUAGAUACUUUGGCGGAUAUGUCUUUGAAUUUGUUAAAAAGAAGACGAUUGUUACUGCAGACUUUGAUAGUAGAGAUGAAUCCUACAGUUGGAUUUUGAACUGGCUUAGUGAGCAACCUUACAGUAAAAACACAUCCCGCUUCUCGGUCUCCACUAGUAUUCUUCGGGCUGGACAGAGAUUACCGGGCGAAGGUUUAGACGCUAUGUUGCCUCCUGUUUAUUUCUUACCUGCUCCAGGCAUGCAUUUCUUCACUUAUAAGAAUAGGUUAGUUUGGUUAUCCCGAGAGCGUCCCGGUACAUCUUCUCCAGCUGCAGCCGUAACAAAUUCCAGCGCUUUACUUGAACGUAUUCAAAUUAGUACCUUUGGACAAUCCAGAGAACUCUUACAAAGCCUCGUUUUUGAAGCGCAAAAACAGUUUAUAGAUCGUGAUAAAAGUCGAACCGUAGUAUUUGCGGCGGACCAAUACGGUGCUUGGAGAAGAACACGAUCCAGACCCAAGAGACCUUUAUCAACCAUUGUCAUCCCAACUAAUGUCAAGAGAAAAUUGGUAGAUGAUGCUCAAGAUUUCUUUCGAUCAGAACAGUGGUACAGUGACAGAGGUAUUCCUUACCGUAGAGGGUAUCUGUUGUAUGGAACCCCAGGUUCAGGCAAAACCAGUUUUGUUUAUUCUUUAGCUGGUGAGCUUGGUUUGAACAUCUAUGUCGUCAACUUGAGUAAUAAGAGUCUGACUGAUGAUACAUUAAGCGAGCUAGUAUCAGAUACACCCAGCAGAUGUAUCUUGUUGUUGGAAGAUAUUGAUGCAGCUUUUAACCAAAGAGUUAAGGGUGAUACAACUAGUGCCAACAACAUUACGUUUUCUGGCCUACUCAAUGCGAUUGAUGGUGUUGCAGCACAAGAGGGCCGUAUUCUUUGCAUGACCACAAAUCAUAUUGAUAGGUUGGACGAUGCUCUUAUUCGCCCCGGUCGUAUAGACGUUCGAGUUCAUUUUGGAAAUGCAACAAAGAGACAAGCACAAGAGUUAUUUCACAAAUUUUACCCAGGUUUACCUGUAAAGUCGGAAUUACCUUCCAUGUUUGCAAGUAAGAUACCAGAGGAGACUUUCAGUAUGGCCCAUUUACAAGGUUUCUUGAUGGGUCAUAAACAACAGCCGGAAAGCGCAGUACAAUUAGUAGAUGACUGGAUUGUUUCCCACCAAAAUGGAAAAGCGGAUGAUUCAACCGAGGAUAAAUUCUCAAUGACCACAUCUCAGGAUCUAUUACAAUAAUUAUAUGUGCAAAUAUCGCCAAAUAAAAAAAAGUGUGAAUUCAUGGGUCGGUAUAAGUAUCAAAGCGAAUAAGUGUACAACGAUUUUCUGUAUGUCUGAAAGCUAAUAAUGGUUGGAAUGUAC